CGAUUCUCAUCCAUAUCAAAAAACCAAGUUUAUCAACUUAAUCAUUUCUUAGUCAGAGAGUCAAAUCAAAAGUGAUGGAAGAAGAAGAACAACCAUGGCGAGUGCUCGAAUUUUACAGUGGCAUUGGAGGCAUGAGAUAUUCGGCGAUGAAGGCCGGAGUCAACGCUAAAAUGAUCGAAGCUUUUGACAUAAACGACUUGGCUAAUGAUGUCUAUGCCCAUAAUUUUGGCCAUCGUCCCUUUCAGGGUAACAUACAGACCUUAAGUGCUGCUGAUCUUGAUCGAUAUAAAGCAAACGUGUGGCUUCUUUCUCCACCAUGCCAGCCGUACACCCGACAAGGUCUACAGAAACAAUCCGCUGACGCUCGAGCCUCCUCUUUUCUUAGAAUUCUCGAAAUCAUACCAGAAUUGAUGCAACCUCCAGUCAUGAUCUUUGUUGAGAACGUCGUUGGAUUUGAGACAUCCGAUACACACCAAAAGAUGAUUCAGAUACUCAAUGAAAGCCAAUUUGUGACACAAGAAUUCAUAUUAAGCCCGUUGCAAUUCGGAGUACCGUACUCACGUCCCCGUUACUUUUGCCUGGCGAAAAGAAAACCGUCGUCUUUUUGCAACCCGGAAUUCAACGGACAGCUUAUUUUGGUGCCAAAACCGUUAUUUGGCCGCAAAGAGAGCGUGUCAAUCAAUGAAAAUGAUCAGUUGAUAAGUACUUCCGAUGAUAUGCACCAAACGUGCCUUCCUGUAGAAAGAUUUUUGGAAUUUGGAAACGAUAUGAACCCGAAUAGUUUUUCAAGUGAAGGUUCUUUAAGUCAGUACGUUGUUCCGUCAAAUUUGAUAGAGAGAUGGGGAAGUGCCAUGGAUAUUGUCUAUCCUGAUUCGACGCGCUGUUGUUGUUUCACAAAGAGUUAUUAUCGAUAUGUGAAGGGCACCGGCUCCCUUUUGGCUACUAUUAUGCCAAAGACGAGAGACAAAACAUCAUUAGACGAACUUUGUCUCAGAUACUUUACCCCUAGAGAGGUAUCGAAUUUGCACUCUUUCCCUAAGGAAUUUGAGUUCCCGGAGCAUGUAACACUUCGGCAACGAUAUGCAUUGCUGGGGAACAGUUUAAGUGUGGCAGUUGUUGCUCCACUACUUCAUUAUCUCUUUAGUGAUCCAUAGUCAUAUCAUUCACAGAUGAAAGUUAUUAUAUAUUAAUCUUCAAGACUUGUUUAUUCAAACUUGGUUCAUACUUAUCACUAAGAUUUUGCUCAUAUUUCAUAUGUAAAAGGGCUACAAAUGAUGGUUGAAGUGUUGUGCUGUUUCUUACUCGAUUGUGAUACAUAUAAUAUUUUUUUUUA